AUCUCUUCAUUGCACACAGUCUAUCAUCUAUCCUCCCCUGAAUCAAAUUUUCCUAUCCAAACCAACAAACAACACAUUCACAAUGUCAAAGUCUAUUAUCUUUCUUGCCUCUGCCCUUUGCUUCUUAUCCGUCUUAGGCUCUGUCUACUCCGACGAUGAUCGCUUCUUUGUUGAGGGAGUGGUUUACUGUGACACAUGCCGCACCCAAUUCAUCACCAAAUUGUCCGAGUUCCUUGAAGGUGCAACUGUACGCGUGGAGUGCAAAGAAGAAGGGAACGGGAGCGUGACAUUCACAAAGGAGGUAGUGACGGAUGCAAAGGGGUCUUACAAAGUGGAGGUAGACGGAGACCAUGAGGAGGAGCUGUGCCAGGUUGUGUUGGUGAAGAGUCCAAGGAGUGAUUGCUCGGAGAUUGACAGCGAUUCUCACCUGGAGCAGGCGGCGAAGAUCAGCAUCACAAAGAACAACGGCAUUGUGUCCCCUGUUCGCGCCGCCAACCCUCUUGGUUUCCUUAAGAAAGAGCGUCUUCCUGGUUGCGCUGAUGUUCUCAAGGAGCUUGGAAUAAAGGAAGAUGGAACCUUUGAUGAUUAAGAAGGGCUAAUCCUCAUUAUUAUUAAUAUUAGCUAUUUAAUUAGGAUCAAGAUAUGUGAGAAUUAAUAACAUAAGCUUCUCUAACUUAGGGGGAGUUUGUUUAGCUUUUCCUAGCACAUUCAAUGUGUCAAAGGUUCUUCAUCCUUUGGCUAGUUCUGUACUCUCUCAUUUUUUAGUUGGUGGAGCUUCUAUUGGCCUGUUUCUGCAUCAUUGCAUCAUGUAAUCACUUUUUAUUUCAUCUAGUCAAAAUGAUAAAAGGAUAAUAGUUAAAGGAUUA